AUGGAGAGCCAGAACAAGAGGCUUGCAGUUUUGGUGGGGUGCAACUAUCCCAACACUGCCAAUGAAUUGCAUGGUUGCAUAAAUGAUGUAUUGGCAAUGAAGGACAUGUUGGUGAAGCGCUUUAAAUUUGAUCCCACAAAUAUUGAGCUUCUCACUGAUGCACCUGGCUCUUCUGCUUUAUCUAUGCCCACUGGGGCCAACAUUAAGCAGGCAUUAGCUAGCAUGGUUGAUCGAGCUGAAGCAGGUGAUGUUCUAUAUUUUCACUACAGUGGGCAUGGAACCAGAAUCCCUUCUAUGAAACAUGCCCACCCUUUUCGCCAAGAGGAAGCAAUUGUGCCUUGUGACUUCAAUCUCAUCACUGAUUUGGACUUCCGGCAACUAGUGAACCGGCUGCCAAAGGGAGCAAGUCUCACUAUUCUCUCAGAUUCAUGCCAUAGUGGUGGCCUCAUUGACAAAGAGAAGGAACAGAUUGGACCAUCCUCAAUGGUUAACAAAAAUGGCGCACUGAAACUCAGCUAUACCCCAAAAACAAUCCCUUUUGAGUCCAUAUUGCAACACCUCUCAUCAUUAACAAAAAUAAACACCAGAGACAUUGGAACCCAUAUGUUAGAGUUCUUUGGCUCAGAAGCCAGUUUGAGGUUUCGGUUACCUUUACUUGAUCAUGAUUUUUUGGAACCAUUGAGGCCUGAUGAGGGGAUUCUGUUGAGUGGUUGCCAAGCUGAUGAAACUUCUGCAGACAUGAACCCAAAUGUGCGUGGUGGAAAGGCCUAUGGAGCAUUCAGCAAUGCCAUUCAGAUGGUGUUAAAGGAGAAUCUGUGUCAGCUAAGCAACAAAGAGGUUGUUAUGAUGGCGAGGAAGAUCCUACAAACACAAGGCUUUGAACAACAUCCUUGCCUCUAUUGCAGUGACGAGAAUGCUAAUGCUACCUUCUUGUGGCAACAUCAGAACACAGAUUUAUGA